CAUCAGCGCCUGACUGACUGACAGCGCACAGCACCGAGGCAGGGAGGCACUCCACUGCUUCUCAGGAGCCGUACGAGCGCUCGGAUUUACAGCCCCUCACCCUGCUCAUCUCCUCCUUACGGAUAGAUCCUGCAGCCGCCGGAUCUGAGCGACCCACGUCUCCGUGAUGUUCCGUCUUCCAUCUUCACUGCGAUAAAAAAAACAACAAAAAGAAGAAGACGGGGGGAAAAAGGGGGAAAAGCCAUGAAGAGAUGACCGGGUUGUAGAGCUGACAGCCGGCUCGUGUUCUGGUGAGCAGCAGAGGAGCUGGCAGUAAAUGAGAGGCCGUCACCAUGCCCCCAGGGAAGUAUGGGAUGCAGGAGGAGUGGGAGAAGGAGGGGGACCAGGCGAUCAACAUGGACUUCCUGCUGCCUACUGGGAUCUUCCUCAAAUUCCCCGUGUCUCGAAACGACACCAUCAAAAACAUCAAAAAGAUGGUUUGGAAAAAUGCGAGAAGUGAGGCCCUGUUCUGUGGACUCGGCGAUCCUGAUGGAUACGUCUUCACCUGCAUCAACGAGACGGCGGAAAGGGAAGAGCUGGAGGAAGAAUCGAGGCGCAUAAGUGAUGUGCGGCCCUUCAUGUGUGUUCUGAGGCUGGUGGCGAGGGAGGGCGACCGGGUGGAGAAACUCACCAACGCCCAAAUCAGCCUGUUAAUUGGCAAAGGUCUGCAUGAGUUUGAAGCUCAGAAGAAUGACGAGGUAAUUGAGUUUCGGACCAAGAUGAGGGCGUUUUGCGAAGAAAAGGCUCAAGAUCGACAGAGUCUGCCCUGGCAGAAGUGGAUGGAGUACAGCUUCCCAUGUGAACUGGAGCCAUGCCGCUCCCUGCCGCAGAGCCUCAAGUCAAAAAACAGCAAGAAGAUCUUCAUUAAUGUCAAGUUUGAGGCUUCUGACGAAAGCUUCAUGCUACAGCAGGACCCUCAUGACCUCCCCUUGGCUCUGAUGAAGAGCGCUCUGAAGAAGAAGGCUACCGUUUUCCGCUUAAUGCGACAGGAACCUGAAGACUACACCUUACAGGUCAACGGGAGAUGGGAUUUCAUCUAUGGGAAACACCCACUGUGUCAGUUCAAAUACAUCUUCUCGUGCUUGAGAAAUUGCCAGAACCCCCACCUCACCAUGGUGCACUACUCCACCGUCACCAAAUGUCAAGAGGAGCAGGGCAGAAUGUGCAGCCAGGUGUACAAGAGUCGCUCCUUAUCCAGACCUCCUCCUCUGCCACUGAAGAAGCAAAACACCUCCUCUCUGUGGUCCAUCAAUGAGCCUUUCCACAUUCACCUGGUGCAAGGCAAACGAGUCAAUGCAGACGAGGGAAUGAAGCUUGUAGUGCAGGCUGGUCUGUUCCAUGGCAGCGAGCUGCUCUGUAAGGUGGUGACGAGCUCGGAGGUGACAGUGAGCUCCGAGCCGCUGUGGAAUCAAAAGCUGGAGUUCGACAUAAACGUGGCCGACCUGCCCCGCAUGAGCCGCCUGUGUUUCGCGCUCUACGGCGUCAUUGAGAAGACCAAGAAGCCCCGGGGCACCAAAAAGAAGAACAAGAAAGCGGAUUGUCCAAUAGCCUGGGUGAACACCAUGGUGUUUGACUACAAGGACCAGCUGAAGACUGGGGAGUUCCACUUAUCCACAUGGCCGUCUGUUCCUGAUGAGAAAAGUGACCUGCUGAACCCGAUGGGAACUGUUGAGAAGAACCCUAACGUGGACAGCGCCGCUGAGCUUCUCAUUCAUUUCCCCAACAUCCGGCCACACCCCCUCUACUACCCUCCACUUGAAAAGAUAUGUGACAUGGAGAGGAACGGUGAUCUAAGUUUAGCCACUAAAGACGAGCACUCUAAGCUCAAACAAAUCAUGGACAACAAAAACUACACCGAGUUUUUCGAGGACGAGAAAGAGCUCCUGUGGAAGCUCCGCACCGAAGUCCGCGAUCAUUAUCCUGAAAGUCUGUCCAAGCUCCUCCUCAUCACCAAGUGGAAUAAGCGUGAGGAUGUAGUUCAGAUGGUGAAUUUACUGAGGAACUGGCCAGACGUCCCUGCCAUCCACGCCUUGGAGCUCUUAGACUACAGUUUUCCCGACCCAGCGGUUCGUUCCUUCACUAUCAGAUGCCUCAGAAAGCUCAGUGAUGAUGAGCUGCUUCAUUAUCUAAUCCAGCUGGUCCAGGUCCUGAAGUACGAGUCCUACCUGGACUGCGACCUUACCACUUUCUUGUUAGAGCGUGCACUGUCCAACAGGAGGAUCGGACAUUUUCUGUUUUGGCAUCUCAGGUCAGAGACUCAUGUGGCAUCUGUGGGUUUGCGCUUUGGCCUGAUUCUCGAGGCCUACUGCAGGGGAAAUAUCCAUCACAUCAAGCUCUUAACCAAACAGAAUGAGGCUCUGGGCAAAAUGAAGGCCCUGAGUGACUUUGUCAAGUUGGGCUCCCAGAAGGUGACGGCAGAGGACCUGAAGCAGUGUAUCAGACAAGAGUCCUACCUGGAGGCCCUGUCAGACCUUCUGUCACCACUCAACCCGAGCAUCAUCCUCUCUGAGAUCUGUACUGAUAGAUGCAGAUUUAUGGACUCCAAGAUGAAGCCACUUUGGCUGAUGUUCAAGAAUCCCGCAGUUGAAGGAGACAUGGUGGGCAUUAUCUUCAAAAAUGGAGAUGACCUUCGACAAGACAUGCUGACCCUGCAGAUGAUCCAGCUCAUGGAGAAUCUGUGGAAGAAAGAAGGUCUGGAUCUCAGGAUGAUCCCGUACGGCUGCCUGUCGACCGGGAACAAAAUGGGGCUCAUCGAGGUUGUGAAGAACUCUGACACAAUUGCCAACAUCCAGCGUAACAGCAGCAACAGCGCCGCUACCGCUGCCUUCAACAAGGACGCCUUGCUUAACUGGCUCAAAUCGAAGAAUCCCGAGGACAAACUUGAUCAAGCGAUAGAGGAGUUCACACUGUCCUGCGCUGGCUACUGUGUAGCUACUUACGUCUUGGGCAUUGGAGAUCGUCACAAUGACAACAUCAUGAUCAGGGAAACUGGACAGCUGUUCCACAUUGAUUUUGGGCACUUCCUGGGCAACUUCAAGCGGAAACUGGGGAUCAACAGGGAGCGCGUGCCUUUUAUCCUGACGUAUGACUUUGUCCACGUGAUCCAGCAAGGACGAACAAACAACAGUGAGAAAUUUGAGAGGUUCAGGGAGUACUGUGAGCGGGCCUAUAAGAUCUUGUGUCGGAACGGGACGCUGUUUGUCAACCUCUUCGCCAUGAUGAAGGCAGCGGGGCUACCUGAACUCACGUCCUUCAAAGACAUACAGUAUCUAAAGGACUCUUUAGCGCUGGGCAAAACAGAGGACGAGGCGCUGAAGAACUUCAAAGUAAAGUUCAACGAAGCCUUGCGGGAAAGCUGGAAGACCAAGGUCAACUGGAUGAUGCACUCACUGGCCAAAGAUAAUAGACCAUGAAGAACACUGAACCAAUGAAACAUGAGGCCCAGCCAAAUACAUGGAUUUUUAACUUAUACACAUAAACACAGUCGAAUAUUUUACUUGACAGAAGGAAUUCAAAGACUGAAAAGCUCUUUAGCAAACGUUUACAUCUCAGUGGCCUGUAUGUGGUAAAUAACAACUAAGCAGAGGCUUCCAAAGAUAAUGAGAUAAUCCUGGAGCAUCACUUCCACACACACAAGUAUUUUCACAGUGAAGAAAAUCCAUCGCACUCAUCCUCCUCCCAUAUAUCAGUGGAAUGUCUUUGCCACGAGGAGCAUUUCAACCCAGAGAAUAAACCUGUUUUUGAUUUGCUGAAAUUGCUACUUGAAAACCACCUGCUCAUGCAAAGUGUCAUGAAUCACCGAAACAGAAAGUUCAUCUCAUCGACUGCAUUACUCAACAGGGAGCAAGCUGCAAACUAACUUUAUGAUGACUUGAGGCUGUGUUCGGCAGGGAACAGCAGUUUCACCUCAAGACUUUCGUACGGUUUACAACCCACGAUAGCUGUUAUGAGGUUAUUUCCUCUCAUUUCAACUGUAUCUUUGCAAAAACGUGUCUUUUUUUAAAAAAUAUAUAUAUUAUCAUUAUUGUAUUUUUAUUUAACUGUGGUAACUACUUAAUGAGUGCUGAUGUACUUGUUAGGUCGCAAAGGAUAUUUCAAAAAGAGGUUAUGCUUUUUGUCGUUCUAACAUUGUUGUCUAAUGUUGCCUUGAAGAAGAAUAUGUGCCAAUACACAUGAAGCAUUUUAUAGUAUAGUCUAAGAAAAUGUAGGACUUUUAUUUUGAAAACAUGCCUGUGUACCAGGCUGUGUGUACCUAUAGCUAAAGGUACCCUGAUACUACUCUUAUUUUAAGAAAUACACUUACUUGCCUUUUAGCUUAAGUGAGAUUUGAGUAUACUAGGUUUAUCCUAUCCAUUUUAGGGUACUAGGGAAGGUGGAGCUAAUAUUAUGUGGUAUUGAGAAAGGGGCGGGGUAAUGUCCCUCCUCGCAUCCAUGGACAUCUAUGGACAAUUUUGGAUGAUCGGUUAAUCAGACAAGCAUAUCUUUGGACCGUGGGAGGAAAGACCUCACAGGGAUACGCACAGGAGAGAAAGACUAGCUGCUUUGCUUUAACUAUGCUAAGCUAAGCAGACUGUCUGCUGACUCCAGCGUCAUAUUUAAAAGACACCAUGAAAGUGUAAUCAGUUUUAUUUUAGAUUAUAAAAGUUACAAUUCUAUUUUAUUUUUCUAUUCCCUUUUUCUCGAGAAAUAUACGAUUUUUUUUAUGCGCAAGGCAAAGAUCUCAUAUAUGUUUGGUGAAAAGAACAGAAAAAAAAGCUUCAGCAGGUCCCAGAAUAAGACAAUCCGUAGACUCAUGUAAGCCAUAGACUUGUGGAUGUUUUUCUCAAAAUGCAGUAUUGAUGUCAUGCCUUCUUUGAAAGUGUAAACCUGGACUAGGUCUAUGAUCUUAGAAAGAGCAGUACGCAUCUGUGAGUGUGUGUGUCUGUGUGUGUGUUCUCUAAUAUUUAAAUAUGCACUUAAACUGUGAUCUCCAUUGCAUUUUUUAAUGGGUGUACAAGGUGCCAUGAGGGCGAUUUCAUGCUUGCAGUGUCAAGCACAACCACACUUUGACAUAUCUGAUGCUGUAAAAUAUGGUGUUUAUUUAAAGUGAGCUCGUAUGCUGUGUCAUUUCAUUUUGUGGUGCAUUCGCAUUACUUUACAUGCUGUAUGUCAUUCCGUAAGUCGUGCAGGGUCCACUUGAAUGAAAGAAAAUAAUGUGCUAUUUAUAGCCUCUUUUAUUUUUGCAAAACGGUUUAAAAGGUCUCUACUUUUUGUACAAGUCUCUGUACAGUUAGAGCAAGUGUAGGUGUAGAUUACACAGCAUGAGGAUUUAAGGUACCUUAAACUACUGAGCGAUUCACUGUGGAACAGACCUAAAAUACAGCUCGCCAGUGUCCUUCAAUGUGGGCUCCACUAAGCACUGCAUGUUUAAGUCAGGAAAAAUGAAUUAAUGGGCUACUCUUUGUUGUGUGUGUUUUUUUUAUUUUGCAAAUUGUAAAGUAUAUUGCUGAAUCAGUUUCAGGCUCUGCCCUGAUUGACAUGCGUGCAGCUAAAAAUUAUGAGAUGCAGUAUAGACUUUUCUCUGCAUCCUGUUUUUACUUAUGCUUCAGUUGUUAUGAGCAGGUAAACACGAUGUCAGUAAACAGAGUGUAAAGGGAGAACUUUCUAGAAUCAAGCCAUUUGUUAGCUGAAUGUUACGCUCGUUUUUGCAACUUCAAAUAGGCAGAUUGAUUGGAAAAAGGCCAAAUCCACCAAAGUCACCCCCAUGUUCCACUUCUCCCUAAAUAUUCAUCAGCAUUUCAAGUCUGAGGGACUUGCCUAUCUCCAACUAUUCUUUAGGUCAUAUCAGUCUGGUGUGCAACACCACUACAAAAAUAAAUUACUAGUUUCAGUACCUCCUUAUACACAGUAGCCCCCUUGUUUAUUAGAAACAUUCGCAGUUUAGCUUCCAUAUUUGAGGAAGUGGCAAUAAAGUGAUUUGUGAUAAUGUACAGUGGUUUUUGCAGAUGUGAUAAAGUCCAACAAAUGUGUCCGCAUCUGUUUAUUGUUUUGGUGUAGAUGUUGGUCACAGAUAUUGCAGUCUGGCCUGAUUAUCUGUAUUAAGUAUGAGUAUGUUGUGGAAGCUAUGUAAAACCAUGACUGCUUUUUUGUGUUUUUCUCUCUUACUUGAUCAUAUUUCAUCGAAAUAUUUGAGAGUGGUAAAGCAGUAUCAACUUUUCUAUUCAAUUGGCUAAUAAGUUUCUUGCAGGAAUGUCUUUUUGAAAAGUAAGAAUCUGAAUUGAUGGUUGUUUUUUUGUUUUGUUUUUCAACAAAAACAUUUGAAAAUUAUAUUUUUCAUUGGACAUCAAUUAAAAGUGCUACAAAACUAA